AUGAAAGUACAAAUUUUUUUCCUUUUCACUAUUGUCAUAUUUACAAGUUAUAUCAAAGCGCAAAAUAUUUCAAAUCUCGUGAAGGAUCGACAGUACGUACAAAAGCAGAUCAAUUGUAUCUUGAAUCUGGGACACUGCGAUUCUAUAGGAAGGAAAAUUAAAGAAUUGUUGCCAGAAGCGGUGAACAAUCGUUGCCAACGUUGUACGCCUCGACAAGCUACACAUGCACGCACGUUGAUAGCAUUUAUGCAACAAAAUUAUCCCUAUGAAUGGCAUUUAAUUCUACAGCAUUAUGCAGCAAUACAACAUUAUACUAAUUAA